AUGCGAGAGUACAAUUAUCUGCUUCCCUUUCUGAGUUUUCUGCUACAUGCCUUUGCUCUUCUUCUUUCAGCUAUUGUACUGCUGUGUCUGCUGGAAUCAGCGUUGGUCCGAGCCGAUGAUUAUUCAUGGGGUGGACCUGGCAAGAGCAAAGAAGGCAUCGAUCCCGGGACGGAAAAUAUCUGUGUUACGGACCAGGCGUCAUGUGGCUGCUGUCUGAUGCAGCAGCAGAUACACAGGAUGAAGAUGUUUUUUAACAUGAGCCUCAAUGAGCUGGAGAAGGAACUCACAAAAUCAAAGACCGUCCUCAACAACAUCAGAGCCAGUCGAAGCGCCUUCUCUGUCGCUCUGACCAAUGAGAAAAAUUUGAACUGCUUUGGCCCCUUCCGCGACGACAAGCUCAUCGCCUACAAACACGUCUUCAUCAACCUGGGAGACGGCUACAGUGUGGACACGGGCAUCUUCACCGUUCCCCGCUCCGGUGUCUACAGCCUCGCCCUCACUAUCUACAGUGACGCUGGUUCUCCUGGUAACAGCCUGGCCGCCUGCGCCAGCCUGCAGGUCAACGGCAAGGUGGUGUCAGGACCCAGAGAAAGAAAUAUGCAAGACCAAGAGGACAGUGCCACUAUUGUUGUGGCCCUCCACCUGAAGGCUGGGGACAAGGUGGCUGUCAACUUGCCCAUCGGAUGUUUCCUCUGCGAUGACAACAGCCACUAUAACACUUUCACUGGUUUCCUGCUGUAUGCUACUGACUAAGUUAGGGAAAUGUAGCUGCUCUGGGUUUUGUGCCAACUGUUACCAUAGUGACGUGGUUUGAAUCCAAGGUGACAGCUGUGCCAUGUAUCCCCUAAUCUAUCUGAUCUUUUGUACUCUCACCCAUCUCAGCAUAAUACUCUCGUAUUCAUUUUGAUUGUUUUAUUUCAUCAUAGCCAUGCUCAAUAUUAUCCUUCAAGUCCAAGUGCUUUUGAAGCCUUUUCAAACAUCGCCUUUGUUAACAAGCCUUUGUUACUAUUGUCCAUGCCCUGACUUUCCUUACACCUAAUGUCAUACGUUCUUUUUUUCUUGUGGCUGUAAAUCUUCCAGUGACUGAUUUUGUGUGAUGGAAAUAUGUGGUCUGCAAAAUGACAA